CUUGAAAUAAUCAUAUCAAUAUCAAUUACUAAAAUGACCCAUUCCUACCUCCUUGACCGAGUCAACUCGCUGGCCAACGAUCCAGCCUUGGACACCAUUGACGAACCAACACGCAAGCAAUUCCUCGAGAGCAUCGAGAAGCUGCGACGCAAAGUCGAGACCCCGGUUGACUUCACACUCCGGACAGUCUUCGGAAGCCACCAAGCAAUGGUACUGCGAUUGGCCGUGGAUCUAGGACUCUUCGAUGCCAUUGUUCGAGCAGGGGGCACGGCAACCACCCAACAGCUCGCGCAAACCACCGGAGGCGACGAGAUUCUCGUUGCGCGCUUCAUGCGAUUCCUCGCCGUCAUGAACCUCUUCGAGGAGCUCGGCCCGUCCACCUACAAAUCCACUCCUCUAGCUACAGCAUUCACCUCGCAAUCGCCUCUCUCGGCUGUCGUAAUUCACGCCACAUACACAUUAAUAACCAUGUCCCAACUCCCAACCUACUUCGCCCAAACCUCCUGGUCCAGUCCCACAGACGCCACCGACGGCCCCUUCCAGCACACCCACCACACCACCCAGACCUUCUUCGAGCACCUCGAAGCCAGUCCGCACCUCCAGCAGGCCUUCAACAAGGUCAUGACCCUCGACUUCCGUCGCAGCACGACGAAACCCUGGUUCGAACUUUACCCCGUCGAAUCGAAACUCCUCACCCCUGCCACCACCACCACCACCACUUACUCCCAUGGCAACAACGGCGAGUCCAACCGGGUAACCCUGGUCGACGUAGGCGGCUCCCAAGGUAAAGACCUCCUCGCAUUAUGCCAGCACUUCCCAGAGACCUUCACCCCCUCGACGACGAACGACACCGCUCAGCCGCAACUUAUUCUCCAAGACCUCCCCUCCGUCCUCGCCGGUAUCCCAGACCCCACUGUCCUCCCGAAGUGUGUGACCCUCCAGCCGCACAAUUUCUUCGAUGAGCAGCCCACCCGUCACGCCCGGGCGUAUUUCCUGCGCACGGUGCUGCACGACUGGCCUGAUAAGCAGGCACUGCUCAUUCUAGAAAGGCUGCGGGAUGCAAUGGCUGAGGAUUCCGUGCUGCUGGUAAAUGAGGGGGUGGUACCUGAGACGGGGGCGGGAUUGAUGGUUGUGCAGACGGAUAUGAUCAUGAUGUGUAAUUAUGGGGCGAUGGAGCGGACGAAGGCGCAGUGGGUUGCGUUGUUGGAGAGGGGUGGGUUUGAGGUCUCUGGGGCGUUUGGGGAGGGAGAGGGUGGUCAUGUGCUUCUUGAGGCGAGGGUGAGGAGGGGGUGA